AUGCCGAGCGCGGCGAUCGCCGACGCGGUGCUCCGCGUCGUCGUCCUGCUCUACCCGGGGUACCUGACGUACAAGACGCUCGAGCACGACCGCAAGCGCGCGGACAACGCGCGCGGGUGGUGCGUGUACUGGGUCGUCGCGAGCGCGUGGAUGGCGGCGCAGCCGGCGCUGGAUCGCGCGUUCGGGGGACGAGCGGUGAUGUAUUGGGAGUGUAAGGUGGCGUUUAGCGUCUAUCUCUGGCAUCCGAGGUUUCAGGGCGCGCUGUACGUGUACGAUAGGUUCUUAGCGCCGAUCUUGGUCGCGAACGAGUCGCGCGUCGAUCACGCGCUGGCGACGACGUUCGAGCGCGUCGGGACGCACGGGGGCGCGGCGCUCGCCGCCGCGCGGCGGUUCGCGCGACGGUACGCGAACGACGCGCUCGCCAAGGCGACCGAGGCGCAGUUACAGCAGCAAGCCGACGCGCCCGCGGCGAGCGGACGCGCUGAUAGAGUAGUCACCGCGCGCACCGCGAGGGAGGUGCGCUCGUAG